GGGAAAGGUGGUAAGAAGACAGCAAAUGGAGAACCAAACCCAGAUAUGGAAGAGAAAAAGAGAUUAAAAAAACUAGCUAUUUCUAAGCAAAUGCUCUCAGAGAAUCCAUCAAGAGUUAAUAAUAAUCCACUGAGUCCAUCAAAAACUGUGAUUAAACACCAUGGCAAAGAUAUUCUGCGCAAAUCUCAGCGAAAAAACCGUUUCCUAUUCUCUUUUCCGGGUUUACUUGCCCCGAUUUCGGGUGGUAAAAUUGGUGAGCUUAAAGACCUUGGUACUAAAAACCCUAUUCUCUACCUUGACUUCCCUCAGGGUCAAAUGAAGUUGUUUGGGACAAUUGUAUAUCCAAAGAAUGGUUAUCUGACUAUGCAGUUCUCCAGAGGUGGGAAGAAUGUAGUGUGCGAAGAUUACCUGGACAAUAUGGCUGUGGAAUUAUAUUGUCUAUAGAAACCAAAUACUCCU